AGGUGCCUCGCUUAUUCUGUACCUUUCAGCUGCAGAUCAGAGCACAACGGCGAGAGAUUAACACUGUUCACAAGCCCCGAGACGUGAGGAAGAUGGAAGAGGACCAUGAAUGCGUUCGUGCAAGGGACAGAAAGCUGAUUUAGGGAUGCUCAGCACCGGUUUCUUCUUCUAGGAGUGCCUCAGGGUUUCAGAGAGGUUGAAAGUAAAGGUUUCUCAGUGAUUACUCGGCAGUCACGUCUUCUUGGCAUCAUAGAUCUUCCAGGACGCAUUCUGAAGAAAGGAUGCUGCAGGAGACCAGUGUGAGAGUAAGCCCAACCUGAUCUCUCCGUCCACUCCCCUGCCCAGUCCUCCACAAUCCCAGGAUGCUCUGCCCCUGCCGAGGGAAGCUGAAGUUGCUGGUGGUGUCUCUGAGUUUCGUCAUCCUGUUCACCUGGCUUUACCUGCUCGUGGGGAACUCGGAAAACGGGCGUUCCCUGCUCCUCUCCGCAUGCUUGGUGGAAUCUACAGAAGCACGGCUGCUGGAACGGGAUGUCCUGGCAUCGCGGGUUCGAGAGGUGGAGGAAGAGAACCGGCAGAUCCGACUCCAGCUGAGCCAAUCGCAGGGCCUGGCUGCCCAGCCUGCCGAGGGUAACUAUGGCAACCAGCAGUGGGUGGCAUCGGCAGACACCGGUCCAGAGGACGUGGAGAACACAGCAGAGGAACGGGCCAAUCACAGCGAGUGUUCUCGCUCGCCCACCGCGGAGAAGUGUGAGCUGAUUCACGUGGCAUGUGUAUGUGCGGGUCACAACGCCAGUCGGGACGUGGUCACUCUGGUCAAAUCCAUCCUGUUCCACAGGAGAAACCCACUGCACUUUCAUUUCAUCACAGACACAGUGGCCAAUCAGAUCCUCAGCACUCUGUUCCAGUCAUGGAUGGUACCGUCCGUACAAGUCAGCUUCUAUGACGCUGAUGAACUCAAAUCAGAGGUGUCGUGGAUACCAAACAAACACUAUUCAGGAAUUUAUGGCCUGAUGAAGCUCACUCUCACCAAAGCUCUGCCAUCCAACCUUUCAAAAGUCAUCGUCCUCGAUACAGACAUCACCUUCGCCACUGAUAUCGCCGAGCUGUGGGCCAUCUUCCGGAAGUUCACAGAGAAACAGGUGAUUGGUCUGGUGGAGAAUCAGAGUGAUUGGUACCUCGGUAAUCUGUGGAAAAAUCACAAACCCUGGCCAGCCCUCGGGCGGGGGUUUAACACAGGUGUGAUUUUACUCUACCUUGAGAGACUGCGCAGGAUUGGCUGGGAACAGAUGUGGAGACUGACGGCAGAGAGAGAGCUAAUGAGCAUGCUUUCAACAUCCCUGGCAGACCAGGAUAUAUUCAACGCGUUCAUAAAGCAGAACCCGGUUCUGGUGCAUCAGCUUCCGUGCUUCUGGAACGUCCAGUUAUCGGAUCACACUCGCUCUGAACAGUGCUACACUGAGGUGUCGGAUCUAAAGGUCAUUCACUGGAACUCUCCUAAAAAGCUGAGGGUAAAAAACAAGCAUGUGGAAUUUUUCCGUAAUCUUUACUUGACAUUCCUGGAGUACGAUGGGAAUCUUCUCCGACGAGAACUCUUCGGCUGUCCCAGUCAAGCCAGCUCAGAGAGCACAGUGCUUCAGCAAGCACUAGAGGAGCUAGAUGAGGACGACCAGUGCUAUGAUUUUCGGAGGGAGCGAAUCAUGGUGCACAGGGUGCAUCUGUACUUCCUGCAGUAUGAAUACACACCUACAGAUGAUGGCACGGACAUCACGCUGGUCGCACAGCUCUCUAUGGACAGACUGCAGAUGUUGGAGGCGAUCUGUAAACACUGGGAAGGCCCCAUUAGUUUGGCCCUCUACAUGUCUGAUGCCGAGGCUCAGCAGUUCCUGCGCUACGCUCAGGCGUCUGAAGUCCUCAAAAACCGCAAGAACGUGGGCUAUCAUAUCGUUUACAAGGAGGGUCAGUUCUACCCUGUCAAUCUGGUACGCAAUGUGGCGCUCCACAAUGUCAACACACCCUACGUUUUUCUGACUGAUGUAGAUUUUCUGCCCAUGUACGGCCUCUACGAUUACCUCAGAAGAAGCAUAGUCCAACUGGACAUGGCCAAUACCAAGAAGGCUCUGGUUGUGCCGGCCUUUGAGACGUUGAGAUAUCGCCUUUCCUUCCCUAAAUCCAAGGCCGAGCUGCUGUCUAUGCUGGACAUGGGGACUCUCUACACCUUCAGGUAUCAUGUCUGGACAAAGGGUCAUGCUCCAACCAAUUACGCCAAAUGGAGGACAGCCACAACGCCAUACAAGGUGGAAUGGGAGGCAGACUUUGAGCCGUACGUCGUCGUGCGACGAGACUGUCCUGAGUACGACCAGAGAUUCGUUGGCUUUGGCUGGAACAAAGUAUCCCAUAUCAUGGAGCUUGAUGCUCAGGAGUAUGAUCUUAUUGUGUUACCAAAUGCCUUCAUGAUCCACAUGCCCCACGCGCCCAGCUUUGACAUCUCAAAGUUUCGCUCCAGUCCGAGUUACCGCUACUGCUUGACGACUCUGAAGGACGAGUUCCACCAAGACCUUUCUCGAAAGUACGGAUCUGCUGCCCUCAAGUACCUCACAGCACAGAGGAACAUCUGAAACCUGUCCUUUAGCACACAGGAGAAUGGCUUGGUCUAGUCGUUUGAGGCUCAACAGCCAACAUGCUGCCCUGAUACAUGUUACGGUGUGAAGAGGUACGAAGCUGCCCUGCUAAAAUCAGAGCUUUAAUCUUCUUUUUGAUAAGUUAUACAGCAGAGAACUGUGAAAACCAAUGACAUCAGCACCACAACCAUCUCAGACUGGUGGCGAAAACUCGACCAAACAUUUCAACUGCUAAAAAGCGCGAAAGGACACCGGUAUACGUUUGUGACGACUCUUAUAGUCUAAAAUGAACGUCAUUAUAGAGACCUUUUUUGACAAUCAGGGCUUUUUCUUCACUAAAGAUCUCCGGCUAGUGAUUCAUGGCGCUACGCAAGCUUUGGACCUGGCUAAAACCAUUCGAAGAAGUAUCGAUGGGCCGAAAAGGACAAGAAAUGAAUGAGCUUUCCAAAGACUCUUCUGCUGGACUGAAGUGUGAGGAGGCCAUCAAGACAAGAGGGACAUUUAAGCCUUAUAAUUUCCUUGUUAUUUAAAAUAUUUAAAAGUAUUUUUUUGUUUGUUUUUAACGAAGACAAAACAGUUUAUGAACGACGACCUACAGCCUAUGUAUGUUUUACAAUAUAAAAAAAAGAAAAUCAUUCUUUUUUAAUUUAGAAACACUGAUUUGCUUGUAGCGAAAGAAGCUUGAAUGCUUGA